AUGGAGAGCAACACAGGCUGCAAUUCAACAUCUAACAGCACUGCUGUAGGUUCAGAGAAGAUUGCUCCUGCUGUAGUUCUGGGUUUGUGUUGUUUGGUUGGUUUGCCAAGCAACAUCACUGUGAUCAUCAGCAUUGCUUGUGAGUGGAACAGAAAUCUGAGCUUCACCUUAAAGCUAAUGCUUAACCUUGCAGUUUCUGAUGCUUUGACCCUGUGCUUGGCUCCUUUUGUGCUGUAUGGAAUACUGUUUGGAUGGAAACUCGGACUUUGGUCUUGUAAGUUGCUGUAUUUUUUGGGUCACUGUAGUCUGUAUGUUGGCGUCCUGACGGUCACAUCCAUGAGCGUGCACCGUUAUCACAAUGUCAUCAAGUCAAGAGUCACUAACAGGAUGAUACUGCAGAGACUGGAAAGAUGGCACAGGCGCCUUCAGCUGAUUGGCAUCUGGAUUCUAGCCUUUGCUUUUUCCCUACCAGUAAUUUUCACUCAGGGAGUCAAUGAUGGGUUGCUAAGAUGUCAGAGAACAAUGGAGUCAUUGUCUGUAGAAGUGACUGUUUUGCUUUUUGAGAUCCUGUUCGGGUUCGUCAUCCCAUUUUUGACGAUGCUGACAUGUUAUUUAUGGUUGGACAAAGGAUUGAGACAAAAUGGGACAAACGUUAGGACUUACAAGAAGAGACUUAUGAUCAGCAUCGUUGUGGCUUUCUUUUUGUUUUGGACUCCUGUGCACAUUAUCAAUUUGAUUGAUAUAGUCACUACUCUGACUAAAAGACCUUGCAUUGAUGUUUGGAGAGUCUUCUCCAGCACAUCCCAAAGAUUCUCAAUGGGGUUAAGGUCUGGACUCUGUGGUGGCCAAUCCAUGUCUGAACAAGAUGUCUCAUGCUCCCUGAACCACUCUUUCACAGUUUGA